UUCAGUUAGCAAGGAUAUAAAUAUCCGCCACCUCUCACGUCCCUUCCCAUCAACUUUACCUUUAAUCCUUCUUCAUCACUCCAACCAUUCCUUAAACUUUGCUCCUCCUCCCUGCGCUCAGAAACCACAAUGAGCAUCUCCGUCAAUGGGCACUCCACCGUGCCUCCCGGCUUCCGCUUCCACCCCACAGAGGAAGAGCUCCUCGCCUAUUACCUUCGGAAGAAGAUAGCAUCAGAGAACAUAGAUCUCGACGUUAUCCGCGACGUUGAUCUCAAUAAGCUCGAACCAUGGGACAUCCAAGAGAAGUGUAGAAUUGGAUCGACGCCACAGAAUGACUGGUAUUUCUUUAGUCACAAUGACAAGAAGUACCCGACUGGAACGAGAACUAACAGGGCUACGGCAGCUGGGUUUUGGAAGGCUACAGGUAGAGAUAAAGUUAUUUUUAUUUGUAGCAGCUUUAAGAGAAUUGGAAUGAGGAAGACGCUGGUUUUUUACAAGGGUAGGGCGCCUCAUGGCCAGAAAUCUGAUUGGAUCAUGCAUGAGUAUCGCCUUGAUCAGCUUUAUGAUUCUCACUCGCAAUCCUGCUAUGGUCCGAACAUGGUGGCCGAAAACCAGCUUGCCCAAGAGGAAGGAUGGGUUAUAUGCCGAGUCUUCAAGAAGAAAAGCCUGCAAAAGCUCAGCGUUGACCAAGCCACCUGCUCGCAUUUGACCAACGACUCCAAACCGCAUUCCAGUAGCGACAGCUCUCUCGACCAAAUCUUUCACUACAUGACCGCCAAAUCCGACGGCGAAAACCAGGCCGGCGGACAACACCCCGGACAUCUCCGGCCGUUCGAUACCCUUCUCAGCCGAGCCACUACCCUCAUGCACGAACGAUUCACGAAACUUCCGGCUCUCGACAGCCCGGCCACUCCGGCGAUGGCAGGCGGCGAGGUUCAUCCCGUUCAAGGAACCGGAACCGACGUGGAGUUGUCGGUCUAUAACUCGCGGGAGGCCGGAUUCGGUGACUGGGCAGUAAUCGACCGGCUCGUGGCAUAUGACCUGGACGCCUACCCUUUCUUCCCUUCGACGAGCCGUUUUCUUGGACACGGCGGCAGCGGCGGCGGCGGCGGAGUAGAGGACGACGGUGAUCUAUGGAGCUUGACCAGGUCAACAACCUUUUCAGGAUCAGGCCAUGUCAGCUACGUUUCUCCCGACAAGUAACGGAUCAUCGGAUGAGAGGCCAACUUCUAGUUACGGAGAAUUAUCGUUGUAAUUAAAUAAUUAUAAUAUUUAUAAAUAAUAUUUUGUUGCU